AUGGCGGUGUCCGGCAUCGUGGUGCCCUGUAAGGACGGGCGGCUCCGCGUCCGGGACCUCACCCGGCAGGCCCUGCAGCGAUACCUCCGGACCCAGGGCAAGGAUCCUGCUUAUUGGGUGAACAUUCACCACCUCGAGUAUACAGAUGGAGGGAUCUUGGACCCAGAUGAUGUGCUGGCAGAUGUUGUCGAGGACAAAGAUAAGUUGAUUGCUGUGUAUGAUGAACAAGAAUUGCACAAUAAGACUGACUGCACCAAUGACAGUUUGACAGACAGGCUCAGCCCAGACCCUUUUGAGUCCGAGGUGACUGCACAGCUGGCCGCCUUUCAGCCAAUUGGUGGUGAGAUUGAGGUGACUUCUUCUGCACUGAAAUUGGGCACACCGCUGCUGGUGAGGAGGAGCAGUGACCCAUCGAUGGGCCCACCAGCUGACUUCUACCCAGGUGCUGCACACCCCACUGACAAUGGUCUGAUACCCGUUGUGACUGGUGCAACACUAUUAUCUUUUGAAGAUGGAGAAAUGGAUCUCACUGGGCACACUGAACAGCUGACAUCUCAGAAGGCCAAGUUCACUUUCAGUUGUAUGACAAGAACAGUAGAGAUUUCUGGGGAAGGUGGACCUCUGGGAAUACAUGUAGUACCCUUCUUUUCAUCUCUGAGUGGAAGGAUUCUAGGACUAUUUAUCCGUGGUAUUGAGGAGAACAGCAGGUCUAGACGUGAUGAUCUUUUCCAUGAAAAUGAGUGUAUUGUGAAAAUUAACAAUGUGGACCUCACAGAUAAAACCUUUGCACAGGCUCAGGAUAUCUUCCGUCAGGCAAUGAAAUCUCCAAGUGUCUUCUUAGAAGUGGUUCCUCCAUAUAAUCGUGAGCUAUAUGAAAAGUCUGUCAUUGCUCCCCUUUGUUUGCUUGAUAAUGAUGGAGUUCCAAAAACAAAGGUUCCGCCUCCUGUUAUUACAAAACCAACUGUGAAAAGAGACCUGUCUGGAAUGAAUGGCCUGGAGACAGAUCUGCACUCAACGUUACAACAUACUAAGAGUCCCAAUCUCCCAAGGUUGGGUAAGAAGCCAUCUUCGCCAUCACUGUCUCCUCUAAUGGGCUUCGGCAACAAGAAAAAUGCAAAGAGAAUAAAGAUAGAUCUUAAGAAAGGUCCAGAAGGACUUGGUUUCACUGUGGUUACCAGAGACUCUUCAGUACAUGGCCCUGGUCCUAUUUUUGUGAAGAAUAUUUUGCCAAAAGGGGCAGCAGUCAAAGAUGGUCGUUUGCAAUCAGGAGACAGAAUACUUGAGGUGAAUGGCAAAGAUGUCACAGGCAGGACCCAAGAAGAACUAGUGGCUAUGCUGAGAAGCACUAAGCAAGGGGAGACUGUCUCUCUGGUCGUGGCGCGGCAGGAAGAAGCCUUUCUGCCUCGAGAACUGAAAGGAGAGCCCAACUGCAGUCUUCUUUCGCUAGAGACCACAGAACAGCUGACCUUUGAGAUACCUCUAAAUGAUUCAGGCUCUGCUGGACUUGGUGUCAGCUUGAAAGGCAACAAAUCUCGGGAGACUGGGGCUGACCUUGGGAUUUUCAUCAAAUCUAUUAUCCAUGGAGGUGCAGCUUUUAAGGAUGGCCGCCUACGAAUAAAUGACCAGCUGAUUGCUGUGAAUGGAGAGUCUCUUCUGGGGAAAUCCAACCAUGAAGCCAUGGAGACACUGAGGCGGUCCAUGUCUAUGGAAGGGAACAUUCGCGGGAUGAUUCAGUUGGUCGUUCUCAGGAGACUGGAUAGACAAAUGCAGGAGCGCUCAGAUCACGGGCUUUUUCAAAAACCGGCACUUGAGGGCAGUCAGGCCUUUACCGCUGUCUCCAGGUGCAAUGAUUCUGUCCUACAGCAAUUUAUAACUUAUAGUCCUCAGGAAAGACUGAAAGUUUCAGAGCUGACGGUGUCUGACUAUGGUAGUGGUGAGAAUGAAGUGCCACCUCCCAUACCCCCGCACCCAAGCGAGGAGCAGCUUUCUGAAGAUUAUAAUCAUAGUUCUGUAGUGGACUCAGCAGCAUAUUUAACAGAUCAGAACUUCAGCUUCAGAUCCUUGACACCAGCCAAGCAGCCUGAAUCAAUUAAUCUGAAAGCCUCCAAAAGCAUGGAUCUUGUGGCAGAUGAAAGCCAGGUUAGCUCAUUGGCUGGACACAAACAAGAGUCUCCAGGCAAAGAUUUUGGUCCUACUCUGGGCUUAAAAAAGUCCAGUUCAUUGGAGAGCUUGCAGACGGCUGUAGCUGAAGUCAGGAAAAAUGAACUUCCUUUCCACAGACCCAGGCCUCACAUGGUCCGUGGUCGCGGCUGUAACGAGAGCUUCCGAGCUGCCAUUGACAAAUCUUAUGAUGGACCUGAAGAUGCAGAAGAGGAUGGUCUGUCUGAUAAGAGCUCUCUCUCUGCUCAAGAAACUCAGAACUUUGAAGCAACUCCACAAGGGAAUCCUGAACUAGAAGAUGUAGAAACCAAGAUAAAGAAAGACAAAAAAUAUAAAGAGAAGGAGAAGAAAAAGGGAAAGAUCAAAGGUAAAGUCAAAGAGAAGAAAAGGAAAGAAGAAAAUGAAGAUCCAGAGAAGAAGACUAAGAAGAAGGGUUUUGGUGCCAUGCUGAGAUUUGGAAAAAAGAAAGAGGAGAAAGGUGGGAAAGAUGACCAGAAGGGAAAUCCCAAACAUGGCACGCUAAGAGAAGAAGAACUAGAAAAGAUGAAAGAUGAACGUGAAAGGAUUGGUGCAAAACAUCAGGAGUUACGGCAAAAGCAGGCAAGAGGACUUGCUGAUUACUCCACUAGCCCUAUAAGUCCCCCCCCUGAUAUUGAUGAUGAUGAGAUGGACCCAAAUUAUGCCAGAGUGAAUCACUUCAGGGAGGCAUACCCAGCAGCAAAUGUCUACAGGCCAUCGUCUCCACCUGCAGCAGAAACCUUUGGAUACCCACACGAUAUCCCUACAAAACCAGGAGAAAGAGAGCAUUUAGAAGGACUAUAUGCAAAGAUAAGCAAGCAGCACCAUCCACAGAAUCCUGCUGACAGUGGUUGUCCAGCUGUUGGGAAUGCAGACCGCAUCCAGAAGUUACGGAAGGAAUAUCAUCAAGCCAGGCGAGACGGCUUACCUUUCUAUGAGGAUGAUGAGAUGAGAACACGGCCAUCUGAUUAUGAUCAAUACUGGGUGUCUGGAAAAGGUCCAGAUGGGAGUUCACACAAUCUCCACUUUGAAGGGAUGGAAAGGCAAUAUGCAUCCUUACCCAGGUGUGGACCUGCAGAACCCAUGGAGUAUUUAACAGGGCCCCGGGUGAUGUACAAAGAGAGAGAUCUUCCAUACUACCAAGGAGGGCAGCCUGCUGUCCACCCCUCUAAAGGAAACUACUCUCGAGCACAAGAUCUGAGGGCAGCAGAAUUGCGAUACCCCCCGUAUUACCCAGCCCAACACCUAACCACCCAGCACAAGGGACCCCUCCGUCAGGAUGUCCCACCUUCACCUCCCCAGAUGCACAGAGUGCCAGCUUACAAUGAAACGAGCCGAACCAGACAGCGUGGGAGCAGCCCGGACCAAUACCAAUAUAGACAGCCGGAUUCCAGGCAGAAGAAUCCCAUGACUGCAGCUGUAUAGCCUAAAACUGGACUUUGUCAGCAUGGGCUGGGUCGGAGGAUUCCUGCUUUUGGUCCUCACAAGCUUAACUGCAUGUAGGGAUGGCACAUGAACUGGAAUCGUUCUUACUGAUCCGGCCUCAGAAUAGGUUCAUAGGAAUCUUGGGCCAUAUCAAAUUAAGAUACAGUGCCUUUUAGGUACGUGAGUUACCUAACAGUCAAAUGUUUUAACACCAGUUAAAAAUAGAAAGUUAUGGCUAAAAAGUAAGUGUGACUGUUAGUACAGCUCAGGGCGAUUUACCACAUAUAGCUACACAGGCACACAGCACACCGUCGGUAAAAGACCAGUGGUAUUAGCACGAGAGUCCACGUUGGAUCCACACCACAGGAGUAUUAUAUCAGAGAAGCCUUCUCGUGACCUGACACGUAUGCAGUACAGUGCUCCCUGCCUGCAAGGCUGUUCUCAGGAGCAAAGAAUCUUGUAUAGUCUGUGCCACGUCCAGCAGUGAGUUUACACAUGAUUUCCAUGCUGUUCAUCUCCCACUUUAACCAGCUGUUUAAAAUUUGGGGAAUGCCGUAGUCCCUGCUUUUUAAUCUUGCCUCUGUCUCCCUCUUUCUGCUUGUUUGCUGGAGCUUACAUCUGGUAGCCCUCAUAUUUGGAGUAGGUCUGCAUCAAGUUUAUCUGCUUUGCAUAUUGCUAAUGGUACAGUUGGACUCGGAAUAAUCUUCAUCAGCUGUCGGGCAGUUUGGAGAGUAUUUAUAAAACUACCUUACAAGAUAAUUAGGGGAAGAGGCACCAUCUGAAAAAAGUCUGUCUGUCUGUACCCGUGUGUCUGUCUAAUACAGAGCACAGCUCUUAAACGCAACGCCUGGGGGCAGAUGUUCAGCAGCUGUCAAUAAGUGUAGCUUCCUGGACUUUAGUGGAGCUAAUCCUAUUUAUGCCUGGCCUUAGGCGUGAAGUACGGUAGGGCCAUUAAAGAUGCUGCUCCAUCAAGUAUUCAGAUGGAUCAGGCAGGGCAAAUCCACUAUUUGCCCCCACUCUCCUCAGGUUUGCAUAAAGGUGUCUUCUGGCAUAUCAGUUAAUUAAUUCUGAAUCUGUAGUUGUAAGCGUCUGUCCUAUUCGCCUGCUGUGACCGUGCCUGGCUCCUGCCCUGGGAAUUCUCACCUGUUCAUGCAGGACCCACUGCAUUCAAGAAAGGAAACUCAGCGUCUGGCAGUGCAGAUUCCGUGCUAAGUGCCAAAUGCCAAUUUGCAUGGCAGUGACCUGCCAGGGGAGGGGAGAGGAGAUUUUAGGCUUUUAAAAGCAACAGGGAGUGGGGAGGAGAAUGAGGAUGUGAGAGGAGAGAUUGCUUUAGAAGCUGGGUACAAAGAAACCAGGAAUGAGGAGAAUGGUUUGAAACAAUAAAGGCUUUUUCAAACACGUAGGAGAGGAGAGAAGCUGAGGUUGAUGGAGAAAGAGAAGACAAGGAGAGGGACAAAUGGGGAGAGAGGGAGAGAAUGUAGGAGAGGGAUCUAGCCUCUUUCCCCCAGUUCUCCAAAGACAUUGGAUUAGGGCAGAAGGAAGAGGAGGUGGCCUGACAGGCUUAGAGGGGAAGUUAAAGAUGCCCUGAGGCAGUUUGAAAUGUCCCUCCCAGCCAUGCGACUUCACAGCCCACAGACAUUUACUACCCAAUCUAAGCAGGUUUCACUUGCUUGGAUGCUUCUCUCAGUGAUUUGUCAUGUUAAGUACCGCUUAGGGAGCCACAGAGCCUGGAACUGGAAACACAUUUUAAGUAGCUUCUGAGCAUCCGUAAUUCUUCAAGCUCUGGCUUUGGAAGCAUCAGAAGCUAAUUUGAACCCUCUCCUCUCAGAAAGAGGCCUCAGACCUGGCCUGGCUCACGCCAUUUGGUAUGCAGCACAUGUACCAGGAUUCAUUACACAGGUCCCCUCCCAAUUCAUUGGGUGUAUAUCCCUUUGUCAGGCCUGGUAAGGGUUCAUUUGAUCUCUAGAGUGCAUGGUGAAUCUGGGUCUCAUCGGUUUACACUGCUGCACUCAGAAAGGGCCCUUCCAAUCAUCAGAUGCAUUCCCGUUUCACUCGACAACACUGUGUAGGGUAUAUGCCACACACAGGCAUCGCUGAACAGGCUUUCUGUACUGGGUGGUACUGUGAUAUACCCAAUUAAUCAAGAUUUGGUAGCCCUAGGAUAGCUGCUAGCAUGAAGGUCCACCUAAAGUGAAGUGAAAGUGAAUUAAAAUGUUUUCCUUUUUUUUUUUUUUUUUAAAUACAUCCCCAAAUACAGUUGAUCCAGCUGUAAAGAAACUCUGUAUUUGUGACAGUGGCUUGAUCAAGCCUGACCACAAUUAAGAACAGCUCUGGAUAUAAGCUACUGCCUUAUCAUUCAUUACCCACUAACCCUUCAAAUGCUCCUCUGCACAGCACAGCUUACAGAACUCAUUUACAGUAUUUCAUGAGCCAGGGCCAAAUGAAACCAGGAUGGAAACAGCUUCUGGGUUAUUUAUGGCCUUUGAAGGGCUUGCUCAGUUGUCUCUAUGUAACCUGAUGCCUCCUGUGAAAGCUCCCAUUGACUGCAAUGGCACCACUUGGUUAGGGCACACAGAUCAAACAAGCACCUUGCAAGUUGUUAAUCUUACCCAACAGGUAACACAGAAGAAACUUAAAAAUAGAAAGAAGUAGACACUAAUAUAAUAUAUAUGGAUGCAUCAUAUACAGCUGGAAGCUAUGAAGGAGAAAACUUCUGACCUUGCUGGGGGACAGAAGCAAAAGGUAUUACAGCCCAUCUCAUUAAUCGCGGGGGCUCGUCUGGGCUGAUUUAAUAUCUUGUAGAGGUACAGUAUUUGCAAAGUAUGAUAUAUAACAACUGUAGAUAUAGUCUGCUUCUGUGCAAUGUAAAAUGUACGACUUUAGCACCAUAUUGUGGAAAAUAUGUACCGUGCAAAUUUCACGAGGUGCUACAACUGACAGUUGAAAAUACACCACUUGCAAAAUCUAAAAGAGCCGUUAAGUAACAGGUUGCUCUUUUCCCCAUAUGUCCAUAUGCUUUGGAGUGUUAUGUGUCUGAAAUGCUCUUGACACAUAGUUGCCUCACAUUCCCUCAUCAAAAAUGUGCCAAUCCAGCAAAAACCUUCCUGCCGUGAGAGUUUGCAAGGAUAACCCUGGUUACUGCAGGAGCCAGAACACUGUACAUGUGCACAGUAGUGGGAGUCAAGAUUAAACAAGCAACCUACUUGCAUGCCAGGAGGGCUGCUGCGACUCCCCACGCUGCUGGGCUGGGUUGGCCGAGUUGCCACAUUGCUUUCUGAUUCUGGUGAAGGGGCAGUUGGACUGUGUCUGUGAAAGAUUUAGUGAUACAAAUAGAAAUCCGUGACUUUGAGUGACCAAGCACUAGUGAUCCACUGACAUUGGUCCGUGAGGAAACAUUACCACUGUGAUAACUACUAUUAUAAGAUGACUCUGGGGGAAAAGGGAGGGACCCAAGAAUAAAAACAACCCUUGUUCCCUAAAUAAUGCACAUUGCCCUAAACACCAGCUCACACAAACUAGAAAUAGCGUCACAUGCUGCCUAAUUUUUGUAUAGAGCGAAAGUGCUACCUCCUCCUCUUCAUAAGCAUCAGCAAAGAUUUGGUUUUCCGAAAUCUGAGUGAAUCCCAUCUGAUUUCUCUUCUGGGGCCUCCUGAUCCUGAGGUCUUCCACUGAAAUGGAAUUGCUCCUCCCAAAAUGGAGACCUGUUUACUAUCAACAUAUAAACCAGGAUGUUUUGUUGAACCGUCGCUUUUCUCUUUGGUCUUGGCUUUUUUACCUGACUCUGGUUGUGUGUGUUGAAUACAAAAUAUUGUGAAAUCAUGGGGCACUGAGGGUUCAACACCAAAUUUGAAAAUAAAAAAAUUGGUACCACAAAUGAUUUUUCAUUGUUGUUAUAUGCAACUAUAUAAAUUUUACCUGUUUUAUUUUGCAUUAAAAUAAAGGCUUUAAGACUAUAAACCA